AUGUCCGAUUGCCGGUCGAAGGGCCUCCACUACACGGUGAAGUACAUUCGUGACAAGCGUGCAUCUGGAGUCGAGUGUUUGCUUUGUGGGUUGAUUGGGACUUUGGACACCGUUAAGAAGGUCCCGUGCUUGCCCUCCAGCCCCGGAUCUGCUGACAAGGGCCCUGAGACUGUUGCGGCGCCCACACACGCUGAGCAAGCUUGCCAGGAUGCUGAUGCAUUGGCUAGUGCAGAGUUACAGUUUCGGGAAUGGCAAGAGAUCGAGGACAGGAAGUGUGCAGAGGAGUUGGCAGAGCUGCAAAGGCAGGAAGCCGAACUUGAGCAAAUGGUUCUUUUGCAGAAGCUGCAGGCAGAGGAGGCGGAGCUAGAGGCACUGCUCCUUGAGCAGAGAGCUUUGGCUCUAGCCGAACGAACGGUUGCCAAGAAGCUUUUUGAUGACACCACCCCCGAGCCUAGUGACUGCCCCAGGCGAGCCCAAGCGCGCAGCCAGCUAGAAUCGGAAGCCCCGCAAGCCGAAUCUGAUGGUGCACACCCGCCACUGGUUUCUGUAGCGCCCCCGCAAAUGGACUUGCCAUACGGCACAGAUGAUAUGGACACGUGCCCGAUGAUGCUUGGAUAUGGGGAGGAGAUGAUGUCUGUGAAGGUCCCUACCGAUCUCAAGCCGGAGGUUCGUGAUGAGCAGCCUGCGGCUUCCGUUGAGCCGCACGUUCAGGUUACCAUUCAUAUGGGGGAUCAGAACAUUGAGACCAGCAAGACCGACCAGGGAGUUGGGGAUUCCGACAAGAUCGACGGGGUUUCCAUCAAGACCGACAGGGUAGCUGGGGAUUCCGACAAGAUCCAUGGGGUUUCCAUUCAGACCGAGGAGGGAGCUGGGGAUUCCAACAAGAUCCGUGGGGUUUCCAUUCAGACCGACAAGGGAGCUGUGGUUUCCGAUAAGAUCGGGAUGAGCAUCGAGAUCGAGCCCAAGCCUUUGGAUUCCGAUGGGGCUGGUGGGGAUAUGAGCAAGCCUGUUUCCUGGCAUAAGGUUUCCGAGAUCCCCAAUGCCAGCGACAAGGAGGAUCGACCACACGCAGAGGUUGGAGAGAAGCCGGCUGAUGUUUCUUCCACGAAGGUGUGCAGAUUCGGAAAUACCCAGCUAGGUGCUGCCUCCCUGUCCUGCAAGCGCACCGUGCCGGAGGAGGAGGCCAAGACUGAUGAAGAGGAUGACACUAAGGAUGAUGAUGCUGACAGCUCCGGUGGCACAAAGACCCGGGCAGCCCAGGGACGAGGUCACAAGCCCCCGCAGCGCAUCAGCCAAGCGAGGCAAGAAGAGCAAGAAAGCUGCAACGGCAAAGGCAAGAAGAACAAGGCAGCUGCAACAACAGAGGAUGAGGAGAAACCUGAUGCAAAGGCCUCGGACAGGACUGAUGAGGAACAGGCUCGUCGGCAGAAGCUGUCGAGGAAGAGUGUGGCAUAUCACAAAGCCAAGACCGAAGCAAAAAGGGCAGGCAUAUCGGCAGACCGAGUGAUUCGCAUGGUGCGUGAGCAUGUGCGAGAUGGAGUUGUGAUCGAUGGUGAGCAGCCGGCAGCCGCGGUUUUCACCGGGGGAUGGACAAGCAACAUGGGCGUGGUUGACCUCGUACAGCAUUAUGCGAAGGCAUAA